AUGGGGUGGUCAGCAGAGGGCAAGACCGCGGUGCCCAUGCCGCCUGCAGGCGCGGAAGGGGGCUCCCGCCAGCAUCCAGACGCCGGCUUGUUCCUUGUGCUGCACUUCGAGGCCAGGCUGGUGGUGCGAGGUGGCAUGGAGGGGCCCCCGAGCAUCCCCUUGGUCCUGCUGCUUCCUCUGCCGCUGCUGCUGGGCCCAGCUUGGCACGCAGCCGCCCAGCGGUGCCCACAGACCUGCAUCUGUGACAACUCCAGGCGGCAUGUGUCCUGCAGACACCAGAACCUCAGCGAGGUGCCCGACGCCAUCCCCGAGGUCAGCAGGCUCACCCAGCGGCUGGACCUCCGGGGCAACGUGCUGAAGGUGAUCCCUCCAGCUACCUUCCAGGACCUGCCUUAUCUGACCCAUUUGGACCUGCGGCACUGCCAGGUGGAGCUGGUGGCCGAGGGUGCUUUCCGUGGUCUGGGCCGCCUGCUUCUCCUCAACUUGGCCUCCAACCGCCUGAGCGUGCUGCCCCAGGAGGCGCUGGACGGGCUGGGCUCACUGCAGCGGCUAGAGCUGGAGGGGAACAUGCUGGAGGAGCUGCGGCCAGGGACAUUUGGGGCACUGGGCGCACUGGCCACACUGAACCUGGCCCACAACGCCCUGGUCUACUUGCCUGCCAUGGCCUUCCAGGGGCUGCUGCGUACCCACUGGCUGCAGCUGUCCCAUAACGCCCUCAGCGUGCUGGCCCCGGAGGCGCUGGCUGGCCUGCCCGCCCUGCGCCGGCUCAGCCUGCACCACAACGAGCUGCAGGCCCUGCCCGGGCCGGCCUUGUCCCAGGCCAGCAGCCUGGCCCGUCUCGAGCUGGGCCACAACCCAUUCACCUACGCUGGCGAAGAGGACGGGCUGGCGCUGCCUGGCCUGCGGGAGCUGAUGCUGGACCACGGGGCCCUGCAGGCCCUGGAGCCCAGGGCCUUCGCCCACUGCCCACGCCUGCACACCCUGGACCUCCGCGGGAACCAGCUGGACACUCUGCUGCCGCUGCAGGGCCCAGGGCAGCUGCGCCGGCUGUGGCUGCAGGGGAACCCGCUGUGGUGUGGCUGCCAGGCCCGGCCGCUGCUCGAGUGGCUGGUGCGGGCACGUGUGCGCUCGGACGGUGUGUGCAGGGAGCCCCAGCGCCUGCGAGGCGAGGCCCUGGAUGGGCUGCGGCCCUCGGACCUGCGCUGCCCUGGAGACGGGGCCGAGGAGGAGGAAGAGGAGACGGCGGCCCCGCUCCCCCGCGCCCCUGCCGGCGCGCGGGAGGAGGAGGAUGGGGCCGCCCAGCCCUGCCCGCGCGCCUGCGCGUGCGUCUCGGAGUCCCGGCACAGCAGCUGUGAGAGCCAGGGCCUGCGGGCCGUGCCCCGCGGCUUCCCCAACGACACCCGGCUCCUGGACCUGAGGCACAACCACUUCCCCUCGGUGCCGCGAGCGGCCUUCCCAGGCCUGGGCCAGCUGGUGUCGCUGCACCUGCAGCACUGUAGCAUCGCGGAGCUGGAGGCUGGCGCCCUGGCGGGGCUGGGCAGCCUGCUCUAUCUCUACCUGUCUGACAACCAGCUCUCAGGCCUCAGUGCUGCCGCCCUGAAAGGGGCCCCCCGCCUCAGCUACCUGUACCUGGAGCGCAACCGCUUCCUGCAGGUGCCUGGGUCUGCCCUGCAUGUCUUGCCCAGCCUCUUCUCCCUGCACCUGCAGGACAACGCUGUGGACCACCUGGCACCUGGGGACCUGGCAGGCGUGCAGGCCUUGCGCUGGCUCUACCUGAGUGGGAACCGUAUCACACAAGUGUCUCCCGGGGCUCUGGGCCCAGCUCAGGAGCUGGAGAAGCUGCACCUCGACAGGAACCAGCUGCAAGAGGUGCCCACUGGGGCCUUGGUGGGGCUGCCUGCCCUGCUGGAGCUGCAGCUCUCGGGGAACCGGCUCAGGGCCCUGCGAGACGGGGCCUUCCAGCCCGUGGGCCGGUCGCUGCAGCACCUCUUCCUAAACAGCAGUGGACUGGAGCAGAUUUCUCCUGGGGCCUUCUUGGGCCUGGGGCCCCAGCUCCAGAGCCUACACCUGCAGAAGAACCAGCUGCAGGCCCUGCCCGCCCUGCCUGGCCUCAGCCAGCUGGAGCUGGUGGACCUCAGCGGCAAUCCCUUCCGCUGUGACUGCCAGCUGCUUCCACUUCACAGGUGGCUCACUGGGCUGAACCUACGCGUGGGGGCGACGUGCGCCAGCCCUCCGAGGGCCCGCGGCCAGCGGCUGAAGGCUGCAGCUGCUGUCUUUGAAGCCUGCCCGGGCUGGGCUGCCCGGAAGGCCAAGCGGACACCCGGGGCCAGGAGGACCCGCGUACAGGGAAGGCGGCGGAGAGACGAGGUGGGCCACGAGGCGGGCGCGGGGACCUUGGUGGGGCACGGGUUCCGAAGCUCCCGGGUAGCACUGACGUGUCCGUGA